AGCCCCGAUUGUUAUUUACAUCCCACCAAACCUUUAUUUUCCUGUCCGGUUUUCACCGGUGUUUCGGUGGAAUUUUGUCAUCGUAUUUAGAGAAAAAUGUGAAAGAGAGUUAUAUACAAACCUGCAAACAGAAAACACCUGGACGGUUGGCAUUGUUUUGUUCGUUGAUGUUUAUUCACAUAAUGUUCAUCAUAAAAACAUAAUCUUAGCGUCACAAUAACAUUAAUCGGCUUCAGAAGGCGUUCCGAAGGCCCGAAACAUAAGCAAAUAAGAUUCUUAUAAGAAUUUUCCCUACACCAUGGCCAGCUGGCACACCGUGGAAGAAGACAAACACAAACCCAAUAUGUAUGUGCACGCAUUUGACAGAUCGAGCUGUCAACGGGUGUGGGCAAUCGCGAUGGUACGUAAACAUUGAAAACCAUUUGCCAAUCCAGAACAACCCCCAGAUAAGUGCCCCAACCAACACGGGGAAAAUGGAAAAAGGAUUCUAGACGCAUUUCCCACCUUUGUGUGUGUCAGAUUCACUUAGCCAACUACUGCCCCUGUUCAACGCCCGUGCCGGGAAGAGCCGUAUCCAAAUAGCAGCAAGAAUGUUCACAGAGCUAGUGAUGAACCGGAUCCGGCAACUUCUGCUAGCAAUCGUCGGUGUGCUGAAGCGUGCGAUGUGUUGCUUUUCACGCCGCCGGAAACUGUCGGCCAGUGAGUGCGAGGUGCUCAAUACGGUCAGCGUCGACCGCUAUCCGGGUGGCGGGCGUGGUGCCGGCGGGCAAGGUAAGAACGUGCCGGAGAAGGACUGGAACUCGUGGGACGAUUCGCCGAAAACGGUCGAAGAACACAUCGAGCGGUACCGGGAAACGCUCGCGCAACCACCGUCCCCGAGCGAACCGCAGCCGGAAGUGGACUAUUUUCAGGAUAUGGCGCCACAGAUCUCCUCGCAGCCGAAAAUCUGUAUCGCCAACGAGACGGAACCGCCGAGCGAUUUUAGCCGUUUGGUGGCCAAAAUUGACAUUCCUGUUGUGAACGAACUAGAAGACUGGAACGAAGGUGAUAGGAACGGAUGGGACGAUGCGGACGAAACCACCACGAAACAGUUGAUACGGGAAACGCGCAAAGAGUUGCGGGCCCAGCGGCACCAGAACCGGCACCAGCCCGAAUCGUCCUACGCAUGAUCCUGUAUGUAGUAGGAAGUCAGUGUUUAGGUUACAGCUGCUUGCGGACGGACGAGAGAAGUGUACAGAGAGAGAACUAAUCUUCUAAUGUUUUACAGUAUGUUUUCGGUUCAUUCAACAACAAGUGUAUCCAUCUUUUAAAACAAUAAGCGGUUUUGAUAAGGAAUUCUUCGCUUAACGUCCGUUUGCUAGGACCUGGCGGCCAUAUUGCUUACUAGACAUGUUGAUAGCACAUAGACGGAUAGUCGAAGUCCUUGCUACUGGAGAAUGGUUCUGAUCAGACGGACCGCUCUAAAUCAAUUUACCAAUCGUUCAAUUGUUUAAAUAAUGGAGACACCCUUGUUUUAUGUGCCGAAUGACACUGUAUAUGUGUAUUGGCAAACUGAAACACACAUCCUCAUCUUUCUGGAACGUUUCUCUGCGUGUUUAGGCAUCGAGUGGUUUGCGCCUGAUACUGUGAACUGUUUUUAAAAUUUAAGAAGCACGCUUUGGAUAGGUGGAUUGGUGGGGGCUGGGUAGACUGCCGAGAUAGGUGGGAUUUUAUUAAAAUAGUCAACCUCGUCACCUCGUCCCCGGUUGGGGUCCUCGAGAGAUCCAAAGAGAUCACGGUCCUCAGAAGGUUCUUAAUUUGAUGUCCUUUGUUUUCCGGGCCAGGUAUGCAUUUGAGGGAAAACGGAUGCGAUUUCACACGUUUUGUUCAAUGGUUUGAAAAGAGGAAACAAAGAACCAACCAAACAGUCAGUCCUAAGGGUUCCAAUACCAUCAAAGGUAUUAUUAUCCCCCCCCAAAAAAAAAAAGAAAAAAAGCCAGGCCUCCCUCCAACUCACUAACUGGGUUUCCAGUGCCGGGUUGUUGAGAUUCCGGACAUCCGUUUUUGGUUUUGUAUUAAGAAAAAACCCCGCUAAUGGAAGAAAAAAGGACAAUUAAUGUGUAAAUUUAAAUGUAAUAAUAUCUAAGAAACAAAAAUGCAAAUGCAAAUCAAAUUAUAAUGAAAGAAGAACCGAAGCCCGUGUCAUAGUCUUUGUUUGUUGUUGUUGUUUUUUUUUGUUAAAAUUAUCCACUAUUUUUUUCUUUGCAAUGUUUCAUUAAAAAUGUGUAUCCAAUACAAUA